AUGCACUUUUACACUGAAAAUUCUAUCGAUUUGGCUUGUUGUAGUGGUCGUUUGGAUGUCGUUCAACUGAUCAUAUCCAUUCAUGAUCCACAAAACCUACCAAUUACAAAAAAUGCAAUUUUAAAUGCAAUGAAAGCUGGAUCUUUAGAAUUGGUUCAAUUCUUGGACACCACUUUUGAUUCUUGUAAUAUUGCCAAAACUAUGAUAGGAUCGAUAUCUAAAAACUCGGAUGUCAUCUCUUACUAUCUAGGCAAGAUUUCAAUUGGUGGUGGAAGUGUUGAUGGAUUAAUGAUUUUAUCUAGUAUGGAUAUAAAUCUAAUCAAGAAUCAUUUUCACUCUACAACAACCUUUAUAAAUGCAACUACAAUGUUGGAUUUUAUAAAAAAGGCUACUCUCUUUUCACCUAGGUCUUUGGACAAGUUCUUUGUCGCCGAGCUUGAUCUCGACCAAUUGUCACCCGUUCCCAAUGUUGCCGCCACCGCCGAUCACCAAUUGGCAUCACCAGUAUCACCCAUCUCCAUCCCACUCGAAACAUUAAAAUUGGAGCAACAAGAUGACGAUGAUGACGAUGAAGAGUAA